UCACUUUGCUGUCACGCCCGUUAACCGCAAUCUCCUCUGUCACAAAAUUACGACGUCAAAACUGAACAUUUUUUUUUCUUUAAUUCGUGGCGUGAAAAUGUUUAAUUUCACCGAAACGAUAAUCGCGCGCAGAGUUUGGAAAGUGUUUCGGUUCUUGUCGAUGCAACAGCAGACGCCCCCCGAACUGCACCAUUGCACCCUUUACGUGAAAAAAUUCGGUACUGAUAACGAAACGACCGUCCUGAACUACAUUUGUUAUGGGAAACAGAUUUGUUGCGAACGAGCAAACGGAUGUUGUCCUUUGCAUAAGAUCAAUAGUUCUUAUUUUAACUAUUGGUGCUUCUGGUUGAUAAUCCUAGGUGGAAUAUUCAUUUGCUACUUCCUGGUUUGGCUUUGCAAAAAGUUCGGCAAAGAGUAUCAAACUACUCUGGAGCAUAAUGAAGAGAACUGCGAUAACCCCCGUGGCCUAAGAUCGGUUCAGUACGUCCACAGGGUGGAUCGUUUCCUGGAAGAUCUAAUUCAGAACUGCAGGACUCGUUUAGCCAGUCAAAGGCACACAGUAGAAAAUUUGGACGAAGUUAAAGUGGAUAGGCUAGCACCGCCUCCGGAAUAUAAGGAUGCCCUUAAUAUGCCCAAGCCCGAGGCAAAUGAAACAGUACCACAGUCGAGUUCUGAACGGGAUAGCAAUUCGGUUGUAAACGUUAGUGAGAGUGAAGUGGUACCGACCUACGAGGACGCAAUAAAGAAACUUUAGUGUAA